CAACCCCCCCAGAGCCGCCGCCGGACGCCGCCCCCCCAAGAUGCUGACGGGGGUGGGGGCUCCGUGUUUGGGCUCGUCUGCCGGGGGUGCCGCGAUUCGUGCCCGUCCCGGGUGCCCGGGGGUGGCGGGGGGACCCGGGGCGGUGCCGGGAGGGGUCCCGAAGGGGAUCGCGGGCAAUUCCCGGCAGUUCCCCCGUGCCCGCCCCCCGCGCUCCCUCGGGCACUUUCGCUUUCCAUUUCCCAAACUGCGCCAGGCGGGGCCAGCGGAGCAGCGCGAUGGCUCCAGCGCUGGGGCUGGGGGCGCUCCUGGCGCUCCUGGCGCUGCCGGGGGGCUCGGGGGGGCAGCCGAAGGUUCUCCACUCCCUGCGUUACCUGCAAGUGGCAGUGACGGAGCCCAGCCUGGGUAUCCCCCAAUUCAUGGAAAUUGGAUACGUGGACGGGAUCCCCAUCAGCCGCUACGACAGUGAAUGGGGCCGGACGGAGCCGCAGACGCCGUGGAUGGCGGCUGUAACUGAGCCAGGAUAUUGGGAUGAAGGGACCCAGCGAAACGAGAGGAACCGGCUCGUGGCUGCCAACAACCUGGAGACAGUGGGGGCCCG